CAGAAGCUGCCAUAUCAUUCACUGGUCAGAUCUCUAAUUUAUCUGGCAAUUAGAACUCAGCCAGAUAUAUUCUAUGCUGCCCAACAGCUGUCUCACUUUCUGAAUAGCUACUUCUUUGUGCAUUGGAAUGUAGCAGUUCAAGUAGUAUAG